UGAGUGUAACAGCUGUUUGUCCACAGUGGGAAUCCUCCAUGAAUAAGAUCCAACCAGACAGAUUCUUGGGUGCUGUUCUUUAUUUUAAUUGUUUUUAAGAUAACCAAAUGUCUGGAUAUGACGGUCUUUGUAUCAUCAUCUUUUUGCUACCACACAUAGUUGUAACCCCCAUUACUGGUUUCAUUCUCAAAUGCUGUUUUUCAGAAUAUGUCCAGAGAGCUUGUAUUGCUUUGUUUUCAGUUUGACAGUAAUAGGUCCAGCAAAGCUUUGGCAGGAGAACAUGCAAAGACAUGAUUGGUUAGCAUUUGUAGCAUAGAAACCAUCACAGAUAGUGCUGAAUUUCUCUGUGUUUUUUUCUCAGCAGUGCACACAGUGGGAAUAUUUAGUCUCAUCAUCAUGGAACAGUAACAGUGAGCUUUUUUAUCUGUCUGUGUUCUUCUGUUCUCUCUCAGUUCCUCCGCCAGAGGUGGUGAAUGCGACAGAUGCAGACGAGUCUGUCCUGCUGCCCUUUACAACCACGGCCGACCUUCCUCAGCACGUCACAGUGGAGUGGACACUCACUGAACCCACAGAGAGGAAGGUCCACGUGUAUAAGAGUGAAAACAAUCAGUCACACAACCAAGACCAGGAUUACAGAGGUCGCACAGAGAUGAAGGAAGAUCCACUGGGAACUAGAGACCUCAGUCUGACCCUGAAAAAGCCCCUCCCCACUGACAGUGGAAUCUACACCUGCACCGUCUACAACAAGGAUGGACUCAUGCUGCUACAGAAAGCAGUGACUCUCAGAGUCAGAGAGAGUGUGCCAGACAUUGUGCAGGUGGCAAAAGACGCGGUGCGCAUCGAGCUGCCCUUGAAAACCACAGCUGACCUUCCUCAGGACGUCACAGUGGAGUGGACAGACUCCAAUAACAAGAAGGUCCACGUGUAUGAGAGUGGAAAGAAUCAGCCAGAUAAACAAGACCAGAGUUACAGAGGUCGCACAGAGAUGAAUGAAGAUCCACUGAGAACCAAAGACCUCAGUCUGACCCUGAAAGACCGCCACCUCAUUGACACUGGAGUCUACACCUGCACCGUCAAGAAGAAGGAUGGAGACAAGCUGCUGCAGAAAUCAGUGACUCUCCAUGUCUAUGACACUGUGAGGAGUUUGGGGACAGUGUAUGGAAACAAGUCUUAUUUGCUAGAAUUUCAAAAAACAGAUAAACUUGAUCAGAUUUCCAAAGUGGAGUGGAAACGUAUACACCCCAAAUACAAGUUCAUAAAGGAAAUAACACGCCAUCAGGGAAAUGAGAAAGACCUCAGUCUGAACCUGGAAGACCUCCACCUCACUGACAGUGGAAUCUACACCUGCACCGCCUACAACAAGGAUGGAGACAUCCUGCUAAGGCAAUCAGUGAUAUUUGGUGUCAGAGACUUCCAGGUGGAGAUGGUGGAGGUGACAGAGGGGGGGGAGUCUGUCCUGCUGCCCUUUAAAACCACAGCUGACCUUCAUCAUGUUUUCAGCGUGUACUGGACUGUCUUUGAAUCCACAGCGAAGAUGGUCCAUUACUUUGAUGUGAAUAAAAAAAACCAGCCAGGUUUACAGUACGGGUCUUACAGAGGUCGCACAGAGAUGAAUGAAGAUCCACUGAUCACUGGAGACCUCAGUCUGACCCUGAAUAAGCCCCUCCCCACUGACAGUCAUAGCUACACCUGCACGGUCUGCAACAAGGAUGGACGCAUCCUGGUACAGAAAGUCGUGACUCUCAGAGUCAGAGCAUCCUUAAUGGGAACCAUGGCAGACAUGCUUCCAUGGAGGAGGGCACCAAAACCUGAGGACAAAGAGGACGUGAGGNGCCAUGAAGACGUUCCUCUGAUGGGGGUUCAUUCAGCUUGAUGGGUCACAGAGGAGGAGGAGCUGGUGAUGAAGAGCUGUCUGUGUGUAUAUACAGUAUCUGUUGUGUAUUCAGCCCUGAGGAAGAUGAAGAUGCAGCUUUGCUUUGGCCUUCCUCUGCUAACAGCUAACUAACCUCAGCCAGAUGUUCUGCAGCUGUUUGUCUAACAUUAGAAGUUUAUAAUGAUGAUGAGCGUGUUUCUGCUGUUCUGAUGGAUCUCCACGGAGCGUCCUGUCACAUGUUAGCUUCAUGUGGGUCAAAGGUCAAAGCUGCUGACUGUCAGGAAGCGUCAGAGAAGAUCAGACAAACAGAUGAAACACCCCUCUGACCUCAGAGCUCCAAUCAGAGCAGGAAGUAGCCAUGAUGGAGGCCCUGAGGCCACACCCAUACUUCCUGUCAGUGCCUGUGAUUGGCAGCUGCCUCCAUCAGUAUCAUAUGUAUCCAUAUAAUCACCCUGAGGUCACUGAUGUUGGUGCUGUAUGAACCAGAUUAAAUGUUUUUACAUAUUAA